GACGGAAGUAGGCUGCAGUGUCAGCUCUCACUUCGCUUCAGUACUCUCCGGUUCGCUCGUCUCUGUGGCUGUCAGUAUGGUCGUACUGAAAGGAAUCCCCUCUGUUUUAUCACCUGAACUGCUGUAUGCUCUCGCUAAAAUGGGCCAUGGGGAUGAACUGGUUCUUGCUGAUGCAAAUUUUCCAGCAUCUUCCAUUUGUGCUUGUGGUCCAAAAGAGAUUAGAGCUGAUGGUUUAGGAAUCCCACAGCUUUUGGAGGCCAUUUUGAAGCUGUUGCCUCUGGAUACCUAUGUCUCCUCUCCGGCAGCUGUCAUGGAUCUGGUAGACAGUGACAAAAAGAAGUGUUUAGCUGUCCCUGUGUGGGACACAUACACACUGCUCCUGGGUCAGGCUGGGUCUCAGACUCCUCCUGAAAAGGUGGAAAGGUUUGCUUUCUACGAACGAGCCAAGAAAGCCUUCGCUGUUGUAGCAACAGGGGAAACAGCUCUGUAUGGAAACCUGAUACUGAAAAAGGGGGUCAUUCCUGCAGAGCUGCUACAGUGACACACACACACACACACACACACACACAUACACAUUAACACAUCAGUAAUGAUGAUCUAAUGAGCUGAUGAUGAUUUCAGUCACAACUGUAGUGAAAAUCAAAAGAUGGUGAAUAUUUUUGCAUUAAACUAAUUUUCAAUUUUGUUCAGUUUCCACCAGAAGCUGUGAAUUCAAAACACAAUUUAUUCUUGUUCAUGUGUAAUUAAUACUGUAAAUACGAUCUGAGUAAUCUUCAGUUUACAGAAUUCAUGUGAAUAACUUCUGCGUUGUACAUACAUUUCAAUAAAUAAAACCCAUCAAGUUUUUGA